AUGUGUAUAAAGCUUCUUCCUUUCUAUAAACGUUUAUACCCAUAUUCUUUGUUGAGCCACGCAUAUAAUGUAAUAUUUUUUCUCAUUAUAUCUCGUAAAUCCAACCAUGAGUUUGUUGCUGCUCAUCUUGAAGAGUCAACCGGAACUGAUGUUCACAUGAAUGAAACAACUCCCAAGCAUAUUUUGAGAAGCGUAGAAAAGGGUGAUCGCCUGUGUAUUCUCAAUGAUAUGCACAAGAAAGUUAUCCCAGAAUAUAGUGAUAAGAAACUCAUCAUUUGUCAUUGGGCAGCUGAUGUAACAAAGUGA